AUGCGAAAUUAUCGGAUUAAUCGAUACUCUAUGUGUUUCCAAAUGGCUAACAGUAUUCGUUUCAAUGACAAGGUGACAGCGCAUCCGACGAGCGUUUCGACUGGUAGCAUGAUCCGAGAAGCUGUGAAGAAGAUUCUAGACCUUACUUGUGGUGGGCAUGUUCACGCACACAAGAAACAGAACAUCUGCUUUGAUCGCGCAUUGUGGCAUGAGUGUCUUCUCUUACUUAUCCAUCAUAUCCGGUCGGUUGAGCAGCUGGAAGGCAGCUAA